AUGGCCCUCACUCAAGCCGCGAUCAUCGUGAUCGUCCUAUGCGCCUGUCUCGCCGUGACAGCUCUCGGCGCCGCCCUCUUCAAACACUACAAUCCCAACGAAGACCAGGGCCGCUAUAACACCUCCUACGAGCAGGGCCAAUACAUGCGGAACGUGCGGAUGCGCAAUUACGGCCAUUUGCGCGCAGAGUCGAUCAGUGCGGCCAAAGAUCUUGAAUCUUCCUAUACCCCCUCAGCCUCGGGCUAUUAUCCACCUCCACCGACGCAUCCACAAGAGCAUCAACCAUCCCACGCUACCACCCCACUCUGA